CCGGAAAUAAAACAACUCUUGGAGUCCUAGCGUAUUGUUCAACGGAUCUAGAUUUACCGGUCAUUUUCAGUCAUUUUCCAGUCCGUUCCAAAGAAUGGAGGCGUUCAGAGACGCUGUGCGUAGGGUCAUGAGCAGGUCGUCUGACGACCAACAGAUGGACUGCGUGCUCAUGGCGUCCGUCCAGAAGCAGCUGACCGAAGUCGCGGACGCCGUAGCCUCGGUCUGGCCACUGGCUGAACUGUCAGAUCCAGAGAGACGCGAGUGCGCUAAGACUUCGGCUAUAAGAAGAUUUCCGGCGAGAAGCAUCGUCUACGAUGACGUUCGCAACUCCAUCGAGGCAAACGCUUACUUCGUGCUCGAAGGACGGUGUACUUGCAUGCAGCGACUCCGGGUCCGUAAGACGACAGAAUAUGGCCGCAACCGUUUUACGCUGAUCCGUGACAAUGGCGAUGACGGCCAAUCACAUUCGGACAUAAAGAAAAACGUACAGACUGUCUACGUGAAGAUGACAGAUCUACGACCGGGUUCGGUUUUUGGCCUAGGUGAAAGGCGGUCGGGGCGAAUAGUGAUGGCCACGGCUGAUGUCAAGUGUUUGCUGGUCCCGUUGGCGUUCCUCGCCAAGCACAACGCGUCCAACAUUUGGGGCCGGACUGUGUGCUCCCUGAACGGUACCAACCCGACGGCCGAACAGUCGUUCCGGAAGUUAGUCGUGGAAAACAGAUGGGCAGAAUACAAGAAGUCGUUAGCAGACGACUUGUUCCGGAAACGCCGACCAUAGUAUUGUUAUUAUUAUUAUUAUGACCACUGUGAAUAAUAUUAUUUUUUAUGUUAUUUUUACGAACGACGUAGUAUAUAGUCG